CUUAUGGCUCGUCCCCGUCAUGCGCCACAAUGUACUAUCGUGAUAAAGCUAGGAACUUCGUCUAUUGUCCAUGAAAAGACGCACCAGCCCUUGCUUUCGACCCUUUCUUCUGUUGUAGAGACUGUCGUGCAUCUGCGUAGCCGAGGACAUAGAGUGGUGCUCGUCAGCUCCGGUGCUAUCGGAGUGGGGUUGCAAAGAAUGAACAUACCGAGUCGUCCAAAGAGCCUAUCGGGAAAACAAGCAUUGGCAGCUAUCGGACAGGGCAGACUGAUUGCGUUAUGGGAUGAUCUCUUUGGCCAUUUAGAACAACCUAUCGCUCAAGUCCUUCUUACCCGUGGCGAUAUCGCAGACCGAACUAGGUAUCUAAAUGCUGUAAACACGUUCAAUGAACUUUUGUCUAUGGGCGUUGUGCCUAUUGUGAACGAGAACGACACCGUAUCAGUCAGUGAAAUAAAAUUUGGUGAUAAUGACACACUGUCUGCCAUCACAUCGUCCAUGAUCCACGCUGAUUAUCUCUUCCUACUGACGGAUGUGGAUGGGUUGUAUACCUCAAAUCCCAGAAAAGACCCUGAUGCCAAACAAAUAGAAGCUGUGACAUCGAUAUCUGCCAUUAGAUCACAAGUUAGCACAACCACCCUUGGAUCAAGUCUUGGUACGGGAGGCAUGGAAACAAAAAUCAUCGCUGCAGAAAUUGCCACUGGCGCAGGUGUGACUACCAUCAUCACGUCUAGCAAGCAUCCAGAAAAUAUUUUUGGCAUCAUCGAGUAUCACAACUCGCUAAAAACAUCAUCGACUCCAGGAACUCCUCUUGAACCGUUAUCAAGAACAAGCAGUCCUGUUCACAGUCCUUCCAUUCCCGAUUCACAUAGGACUGGCAGUCCACAUGCGAGUCCUUUGCCUCGGCCGCCUCAUACGGUGUUCAAACCCUCGUCAACGCCUAUGCGAGACCUGAAAUCAUGGACGAGCCAUACACUUUACCCCUCCGGAAGCGUCAUUAUUGAUACUGGGGCCCAUCAGGUCUUGUCCCGUAGGGAAUCCGGUGGUCGGCUGCUAGCAGUUGGCGUUUUGGGCGUCAUCGGGGCGUUCGCUUCUGGCCAGGCUGUACGCAUCGUUGUUUUGAGCCCUGCGGCUGUUCAAGGUAGUCUUGAGCAAUCUUCUUUGGCUUCUACUCGGCCAGGUACGUUAGCGCUUCUCGCGGCUCCGGAAACUUUAUCACGAUCUGCCUUAUUUGCGGCCCUUACAUCAAAGCCAGAAGAUGAAGUAGUUCCAACUGUGAAGCCACAAUUUUUGUAUGAUGAUGCAAACGUUGUUGAGGUAGGACGGGGAUUAGCCAACUACAACUCUGCGCAGAUCUCAAAAAUCAAGGGUUUAAAUAGUUCAUAUAUACCCCAACUGUUAGGCUAUGCUGAUUCAGAGUAUGUAGUAGAAAAUAUCACCAUCCGCGUGCCGCCAUAAUUGCGGGACGCUUUACGGCCGAAAUGGGAUAUCGGCAUCCACGUUCGUUCGACCAACCAAUCGGGCCAAUCGGAGCGCCACUGUUUGAUGUGCCUACUGACGACAUUGUGGCUGUGA